CUGUAUUAUUAUGCAGAUAUAAUAUUAUAUCUCCCUAUUUCUUUUGUUUAAUUACAAUAAUAAUAGGGAAAGGCGUCCGUAGUGCGGUCCGCAUCUUUUAAACCUACCAUCUGGACAGAUAGCACGGUAUUUGGAUUCCAGCGCUGCGGCGCAUGCUCCAGAGGAGGAGUCCACGUGUCUUACUCGCAAGCACUGACAGCUCAGUUCACUGAGAAGAGCAGAGCUGCGGGAUCGAGCGACAGGAGGGUGGCUACCGACAUGGACGGAACAUCGUUUCAGCUUUACUUAGACUAUAUUCGGAAGGAGCUAAAUGCACAAGACCCUGCUGUACUCGGGGUGAUCGUUGCCCUGUUAUUAGUUGUCCUCACUAUAGUGUUUAUGAAGAUCCUGUGGGGUAGAAAGUCCACACGAAGGGCAAUUCUCCUGACGGGGCUCUGCGACUCGGGGAAGACGCUGCUCUUCAGCCGUCUGCUGACCGGGAAAUUUAAGAAGACUCAAACCUCCAUCACAGACAGCACUGCAAUAUACAGGACUAAAAGUGACCGGGGAGCUGGCAUGACUCUGAUCGAUCUCCCGGGCCACGAGAGCUUGAGACCUCAGUACAUAGAGAAGUUCAAGUCUUCUGCCAGGGUGAUCGUGUUUGUAGUGGACAGCGCCAUUUUCCAGAAGGAGGUGCGGGACGUGGCAGAGUUCCUCUACUCCCUGCUGACUGACAGCGUCGUUGUAAAGAACGCCCCAGCUCUGGUGGUUGCCUGCAACAAGCAAGAUGUUACCAUGGCAAAGUCAGCGAAACUCAUUCAACAGCAGCUGGAAAAGGAACUCAACACUCUGCGAGUGACACGGUCCGCAGCUCUGAGCUCCCAGGAUGGGUCUGCUGGAGGGGGCACGGUACCGCUGGGCCGGAAGGGAAAGGAGUUCGACUUCUCCCAGCUGCCCAUGAAGGUGGAGUUUGUGGAGUGCAGCGCCAGGGGGAGCAAGGGCGAGGAGGGGCAGGCGGAUGUCGAGAGACUGGAGAUAUGCUUGGCCAAGCUGGCCUGAGAGGACUGCCUUGCUGCAGCCAUGCCUGGAGCCCAAGUGCCCUGCCCAGCUCUGUGCCCUUGACCUUGGGCAGCUUUGGAUUCACCAAAUAGCCUCCCUGGAAAAAUAAAAGGAGCAUUGUUCGUUUGUAUGCCUUUUCUGUCAGGGGUCUAAGAAACCAUAUUAAUGUUGCUAUGAAAUCCACGUCGGUAAGAGCUGUUGAUUUUAAAGUGCUGCCUAAAACUCAUAGGUUUAAAGCUUGACUGUCUACCUGCCUUGCAGUAGGACUAUCCGAAGCGCCAAAAUGUUUUUGUUUUUAAAAGGUUAGCUUUAGCUUCCUUAUCACUGUCAUCUUUCAAAUAUCUGUACAGCCUUAGCUCAUGUUAGCGAAGCAGGUUCAAAAAGUAAAAUUUGAUUUGCAAUUCUUUUCGUCAGAGGAGGCUGGUAUUGCGACAUUUUCUCGUUGUCUUCGCCUGCUUAUGCUGAUCUGAUUCCUUUUUUGUAAAGGCUUUAUUUUUUUCAUGUUUCUCUUAGGUUUUUGCCAAGUCUCAGGCUAGAGGGUCAUUCUCUUUGAAUCUUUGAAAUAAAUUGUUUUCAGAGUUUAAA